GCUAUUCUGCCCACGUGCUGUUUUGGGAAUUCAGCGCAUGUUAGCUAGUUAGCUUUUUGCAGUGAUAUUUGACGAAGCGUUCUUGUAUAAAUUAAACUGUAAAAGAGAGUACGUUUGAUUUUCAGAAUGUAGGUAGCUAAAUGCAACUGGUAAAAUAAUUCACGGGCAUGGUACAAAACGAAUGCAUUAGCGUCGUUUAGCAGCACCAUCAGCGUCCAUAAAUGGAAUGCAAGAUAGCUAACUUUGUGAGAUAGCUAGCUAAUCAACGUAAAUCGAAAACAAUAGGUUUAACAUUUCACAUGACAUCUUCUCUGGCGAGGAGUUUAUUUGCUAGCUAUGCUGCAAUUCUUACUAACGGUCACGUUGACCGGCGUAUUUGAACGAUGAUGUUCCACUAAACACAUCUGUAUAUGCCAUAAGCUGCAGUUACUGUGUUUAAUUGCUAUGAGCGCAUUUUAAGAAGGAUAUGAUAGCAGGGAGCUAACUCGAAGAAUCUUGCAAUGAUGAGGAGUCAACGAAGAUAUAUUAAACAUAGCUCAGUCUCUUUGAAUGAAGAUCUCAAGGGGCAACAAACACAUGAGACAGUUGUCCCGGAAACCCCAGAGCAGCUGCGUCCCCCGGGGCCCGGCUCAGAGAGAGACUUCAUUGACACGGUGGUGCUAGACACUGACUCAGAGGAUGAGAUAUCUGGAUCCUCCAUGAUGGUGUCAGGGAACAGUCUGAAAAAUGAACCAGUGACGGGCACAGUGAUCAUUUUAUCAGAUGAAGAGGAAGAAGAGGUGGAGAUGAAAGGUACUCUGCAGAAGAAUGCUGCGGAACUCCCACAAACCCAACCAGGAAUUCAAGACCCGGUCCGUAAGAGGAGACUAGAGGUGUGUGACAGCUCUCAAGGGAGUGAGGCAUCCAACUGCAGCAAGAAACCAGCCGUCCAGGAAGAUUCAGUGACAGACGACUCUGAGAAUGAGGGUCCGGAGCCCUGCUGGAAGAGUCAGGAGAACAUGGUGAGGAAGCUGCAGGAUCAGUUUCCCCAUCUGGUCAAAGAGGAGCUGAGAGAAGUGCUUCUGAAACAUGACUGGCAGUUGGAGGACACCCUGGAAGCACUGCGCAUGUUCUCAGAGGAGGGGGAGAGCCUCAGUCGGGGAGACACCCCAUCGUCGUCGUCAGCUAGUUCUGCCCCCCAAACCACAGCACGUCCGCCAGCAGCAAAGCCUCCUGGUUGCCAUCCAUCACCACCUCACAAGCCUGUCAAUGGGACCGGCGAUAAGGGCACGAACAGGCGGAUCAAAGAAGCCGACAGGAGACGGUGGAUUCCGGAGCCGGGCACCAGCUCUGAGGACGUCUCCAGCGAUGACUUGGAGUCCGCCGAGGGCGUGGAGCUCAACUGGGAGGACUCGGCCUCGGAUCAGGAGGUCGGACCGGGGUCUACUGUGAAAGGCCAGAUCCUCAAGUUCUUUCAGGAGGCGUCGCUGGACGAGCUGUCUCUCAUCUCCGGCUGCUCGGUGAAGAAGGCCCAGAAGGUUGUCGAGCUGCGGCCGUUCGACGAAUGGGAGGAUCUGGUGGCCGCUCUGGACAGAGGGAACGGCCUCUCAGCUGAGCUGUUGCAAGGCUGCCGCGUGGUCCUCAGGGGACGGGACGUGGUGCGCUGCCUGAUGACCAAGUGUGAGAACAUCACCAGCAAGAUGAUGCAGGAUGUCGCCCAGGUGAUGGAGAGGGACACAGGCUCCCAGAAACAGCCCGAGAUCCUCAACAGCAAGUUCCAGUUAAAACCCUAUCAGCUGGUUGGUCAAAACUGGCUGACUCUGCUGUAUCAGAACAACCUGAGUGGAAUCCUCGCUGACGAAAUGGGUUUGGGAAAGACCAUUCAGGCCAUCUCGUUCCUGGCCAGCCUGUACGAGGAGGGCAAUAUGGGCCCCCACCUCCUCAUAGUACCAGCCUCCACAAUAGAUAAUUGGGUGCGGGAGCUGAAUCUGUGGUGCCCCAGGCUCCAGGUCCUGCUGUAUUAUGGGUCAGUGGAGGAUCGUAGGUUCCUUCGGUAUGAUAUUCUAAACAAACAGGUUGACUACAACAUAAUAAUUUCCACGUACGCUCAGACCAUCGGCAACGACAACGACCGCAGCCUGUUCCGAAAGCUCAAGCUGGAGUACGCCGUGUUUGACGAGGGCCACAUGCUGAAGAACAUGAGCUCGCUGCGCUACCGCCACCUCAUGGCCAUCAAUGCCAAGUACCGUCUGCUGCUGACUGGGACGCCAGUGCAGAACAACCUCCUGGAGCUCAUGUCCUUGCUCAACUUCAUCAUGCCUCACAUGUUCUCCAGCAGCACUGCGCAGCUCGCCAACAUGUUUGCCGCGAAAUCCUCAGAGGAGCAGAGCAGCUUUGAGAUGGAGAGGAUUGCUCAUGCCAAACUGAUCAUGAAACCCUUCAUCCUCAGACGCGUCAAGAGCGAGGUGCUGAAGCAGCUCCCGGCCAAAGAGCAAAAGGUGGAGUUCUGUACCAUGAGUGACACACAGCAGCAGCUCUACAACGCCUUGAUGCAGAAGCUCAAGGGAUCGGCCAAUGGAGAGAAGAGAGAACUGGCCAAUGUUAUGAUGCAGUUGAGGAAGAUGGCUAAUCAUCCGCUGCUACACCGUCAACAUUAUACCACCACCAAACUGGCGGACAUGAGUCGACUCAUGCUCAAGGAGCCGACCCACCGUGAAGCGGACCCGGCGCUGAUCAGGGAGGACAUGGAGGUAAUGACAGACUUUGAGCUUCACCGACUCUGUCUGCAGUAUCCAUCCGUACAAGACUAUCAGCUCGGCACAGACCUCCUCCUGGACUCAGGAAAACUCGUCCUCCUCACACAGCUUCUGACCUCUCUAAAAGAACAGGGGGACAGAGUGGUUCUGUUCAGCCAGUUCACCAUGAUGCUGGACAUCCUAGAGGUGUUUCUGAAGCACGAGAAGCAUCGCUACAUUCGACUGGAUGGAUCAACGCCCAUUUCUGACAGAAUUGUGCUGAUUGACCAGUACAACACAGAGCUGGACAUAUUUGUGUUCUUGAUGUCCACCAAGGCUGGAGGCCUGGGCAUCAACCUGACCUCGGCCAAUGUGGUCGUCCUGCAUGACAUCGACUGCAACCCCUACAAUGACAAACAAGCAGAGGACCGCUGUCACCGUGUCGGACAGACAAGGACUGUGAAGGUGAUCAAGCUAAUCAGUCGGGAUUCCAUAGAGGACAGCAUGCUCCGCAUCGGUCAGAAGAAACUCAAACUGGAGCAGGACAUGACUGCCUCAGAGUACCAGGACGGAGAUGAGGUACCAGAAGACAUGGCUUCCCUUCUGAAGGCAUCACUGGGGCUGUGAGGAUGUAUGCAUUCGCCUGGAGGGGUCGUCAGUGUUGUGGAUUGGCAAGCCCUUCCGAGACAUGGAGCCCCACAGUUUUGCAAAGCAAGGACCAUUUUUUGUUUUAAGUGAAACAUUUUGGUUUUGAGAAAAACUGCCUCAGGGCAAGAGAGAACAUUUGCCAGUUUAUAUCAUUUGUCAAUCUAACCACACAUUUCGCCAUGAAGCUGAUAGGAAGUGAUGCCGUUUAAAAGCUAGCUUCCUGCUUUGUAAUUCAAUGGUUUUUAAUUGUCAUUCCUGGCCAUGUUCGCAUUAUGUGUCCUGUUAUCUUCGCCAUAAUGUACAGUCAAUGGCCAGUUUAUCAGGUACACCUAUCUAGUACCGUGGUCAGGCCCCCUGAGCAUCCAGAACAUUGUUCUUAUGUGGAUGCAUUCUACAAGGUGUCAGAAACAUUCCACUGGGAUGUUGGGCUGUGCUUUUGACACAAUAGAAUAAUUACUGCAGAUCGGAAGGCAGUACAAUCAUGCUGCCAACAGCCAGUUUUUUUUCUCAACCCAAAGAUGCUCAAUUGGUUUGAAUUCUGGGAACUCCCCAGGCCACUCAAGUAAAGUGACAGGAUGCACGGAGUUGUGCAUUCGGAGAUGUCCUUCUGCACACCACUGUUAUACUGGGUCAUUAGAAUUUACCAGUUUGUGGUCCGUCUGUCGGCUUGUCCAAUUGUUGUCAUUCUCCUUUGACUUGACUCAUCAACAAGCAGUUUAUGCCCAGACGAUUGAAGCUGACAGGAUGACUUGUUGAACUGUUGUUUGUGGACCAUAAAUACCCAGAAGGGUGGCGAUUUCUUGAAUACAGGAACAGGCAUGCCUGGCGCUUGGUCGCUUUGGUCCCUCGUAUUGUUCGUUAUAACUUUCAUCAAACCUUUACUGAAUGCCUCGAUGCCUGACUCACAGAUGAGACUCACUGUCUGUGAGCCAAUACAUUUUUGUAAUCGGGGUGGCACAUCUAAUAAACUGUUUAAUGAUGGUGGUUUAUUUAAUAUUGCCUCAUGUUUGGAUCAAGGCCCUUUUGAGUUUUCUGAUAACACAUUUUUGAAUAAAAUAUUGCUAAGCCGUG